AUGAUAUGCUGGAUUUCAAAAAAUCCGCUGCUGUUUCCAUGUCCCAGGUACGAAGCGUGUCCGUUUUGUAAUAAAGUUAAAGCUUUUCUUGACUACUACGAUGUACCAUACAAAGUUGUCGAGGUCAAUCCAUUCAGUAAGAAAGAAAUUAAGUGGUCGGAGUAUAAGAAGGUGCCAAUAUUGGUGGUUGAUGGCGAACAGCUGGUUGACUCCUCAGCCAUAAUCGACCAGUUGAGCCACAAGGCUUUGUUGGAUAAGAAUGCUUCUUCUGUCUCUGAAGAGGAUGAAGAAACUAAGUGGCGUAGGUAAUUUUGGCUUUGCGGAGAAGACUACUGUAGAGUAUGCUGGAGCCGCCGCUAUGUAUUGCAUAUCAAAGAAAUGAAAGAAGAAAUAUAAUAUUACCGAUGAGCGUGGGCAGAUGCUUUGGAUGGACGGGACUUUUUAGGAGGCUCAAAGCUUAAUCUAGCUGAUCUUGCGGUGUUCGGCGUAUUAAGAAGACCCAUACGUUACUUGAGGUCUGGGAAAGACAUGGUGGAGAACACACGCAUUGGCGAGUGGUACACCAGGAUGGAGAGCACUAUUGGAGACUCCUCCAGGAUCAUAUCCUAAUCUCUCUUCUCUCAUCAACUCUCAUUGAUUUUCUGGGCGUUGGUUACCCUUUGUUCUUCUCUUUAGGGGUACAUUUGACGUCCCACGUUGUUGGGAGGAGAACAAACCACCAUUUAUAUGUGUAUGAAAACUUUCCUCUA